AUGGAUAGGAAUGCUAUGCGCCGCAAAAAAUAUGCAGAAAUGCCGCCUCUGAAGAAAGCAGAACUUCUGCACUCUCGGAGGCAAGCUCGAGCUGCAAAGAAAGCUGAAAAAACUUUAACCCCGCGUGUUCGCAAGGUCCCGUUAGGAUAUGUUGAAACAGGUGUUUCGUUCCCAAAUACUGAUCAUAUGCCCUGUCAUAGUGGCGGUCCUGCGCCUGUGCAUUCUCAGCUGUUAGGAAGCACAGAUCCUGUGCUUCCACCUGAUACUGCCUUUGCAAUUAGUCAGGGAUUAGAAUUCAUGUCACGCCGUCCACCUGGUUCCUUUAGUGGUGAUACUUCCUCUUCACAAUCUGUCAACAAUGCACAUCCUGAAGUUAUACUUGCCUCAUUUCCUUUGAACUCACCUAUUAUAAACUCUGAACAAUCAGCCCAAAAAAAAAAGUCUUGUAGAACUAAUUCUUUGUCUGCUGGAACUUCGGAUUCCACUUUAGAACCUCCUUCCACAGACAUCUUUCCUCCUUGCAGAAGGGAGGCUUCCAGGUGUGGCCCAACACCUGGUUGCUUGAAAAGAAAAAAAAGAAAGGUUGUUCCUCCUGCUGAUCCGUCUAUAAGUCGGUCUCGUCCAAAGAAACGCACCCCCCCUGAAUCUGUGAACAAGCAGACCUCAGCAGUAAAGCGAUCGUCUGCCCGUUCAACCCUAUCUCGUCUUUCCAAUAUUCCUGAUGCACCUCUCAUUCUGCCUGAUGCUCCUAAUUGUGAGCAUUGUGGAGCGAAAAGGUUCCAUUUGGAACCUCCUUCCUUUUGCUGCUCGGGGGGAGAAAUCUCUAUCGUUGCUCCUCCAAUGCCUUACGAUUUGAAGCGUUUGUUCAUUGGCAAUGAUGAAGAGAGUAAUCAGUUCAGAAACAAUGUUCGCACUUACAACAACAACCUUGGCUUUACAUCUUUUGCAGCGAAAUAUGAUUCCGAAUUAACAAAGAAUGCAAAAGGUGUCUAUACCUUCCGUGUUCAGGGUCAAGUUUACCACUUUCUUGAUGGCCUUAUUCAGUUGGGCGAUAGGCCAUCCGGGAUUCAGCUAUAUUUUUUUGACACUGAUGAGGAAUUAACAAAGAGGCUUGGUAAUUCUGAUAAGCUGCGCGAAAGCACUUUGAAAUUGCUUAUGCGCGUUCUUUCUAACAAUCCUUAUGCUCGUUUCUUUAAGGGCCUUAGGGAUGUUCCGAACCUUGACAAUCUGAACAUCGUCCUUAAUUGUUAUCCUUCGCUUGACCAGCGAGUCUAUAAUCUUCCCUCCACCUCACAAGUUGCAGCUAUAUGGACUGAGAGUGAAGAUCAAUCAUCCGAUAGACGCGCUCAUAUUCAAGUUUAUUCUCGCUCAUCUGGUAGCCAUAGGAUUCAGCAUUACUAUGGCUGUUAUGACGCUUUACAGUACCCUCUCCUUUUCCCUCGUGGUGAGUGUGGCUGGCACCAUGGAAUUAAAAGGCUUUGCAAGAGGAAGAGGGGAGGGGAUGCUUGUGAGGAUGAGAUUAACAUUGAUCCAGCUUCAGUUAACUCCCCAUCGGAGUUAAUUAAUUUAGAACAGAGAGCUGCUGAUCGAGGAAAAGCAGAGGAAGAUACUGUAUCUGCUAGAGAGUACUACUGUUAUAGGUUCCAAAUAAGGGACAAUGAUGACUCAAUGUUGUUACACGCUCUUAGGUUGCUGCAGCAAUUUUCGGUUGAUGCUUACGUCAAAAUUGAAACAUGUAGGCUAGACUUUCAUAGGCAUCGGCAAACCAGGAUACGUUCUGAAAUUCUACAAGGAGUUCUUGACAGUAUUUCUGUUGGCCAAACUGCUGCUUCUAAAGUUGGUCGUAAGGUCUUUCUUCCAGCUUCUUUUAUAGGUGGUCCGAGAGAUAUGAGGCGUCGUUACCUUGAUGCGAUGGCACUGGUACAAAAAUAUGGAAAACCAGAUAUUUUUCUUACAAUGACGUGUAAUCCAGCGUGGAAGGAAAUACAGGAGAAUUUGAAAUACCAUGAAAAGCCUCAGGAUCGGCCAGACCUUUUCGCUAGAGUUUUUAGGGCCAAGUUUGAAAUGCUAAAAGCAGAAAUUCUCAAUAAAAAAAUCUUUGGCGAGGUUGCAGCGUGUGUCUACGUGAUUGAGUUUCAGAAGCGAGGCUUUCCUCAUGCCCAUUUAUUACUGAUCUUAAAACCUGGUCAUAAACUACUUAAUCCAGAGUCGUAUGACAAAGUAGUUUGUGCUGAGUUGCCCGACAAAGACCGGAGAAGAGAUGAUGGCAAGAGAAUCAGAGUUCGUAGAUUUACUCUUGAUAAUAGGUGGGUUGUGCCUUACAACCCUUACCUGCUUGCUUUAUUUGAUUGCCACAUCAACGUGGAAAUCUGUUCUACUCUUAAACUUGUAAAGUACUUGUAUAAGUAUGUUUUCAAAGGACACGAUCAGCUGAGCUUUAGGAUUAUAUCGGGUGAACCAACAGAUGAUAUAGAUGAAAUAAAAGACUUUCAAAAAGGUCGAUGGGUUUCACCUCCGGAAGCUUUUUGGCGCAUUUAUGAAUUUAGACUCAAUGAAAUGACCCCUGCAGUUUACACCCUCCAGGUUCACCUUCCGGACCAGCAAUUCAUUUCGUUUGACAAGAGCUCUGACUUGGUGCAAUUACUGAGUAAAAUUGACUUUUUUAAGACGAUGUUAACUCAGUUUUUCCACAUGAAUAGAACAAAUCCUACAGCACAAAAUUUGAAAUGCUUGUACAGAGAUUUUCCUGAACAUUUUGUUUGGUCUGCUAAAUAUAAAGAGUGGACUGAAAGAAAGCGUCGAAAGGUGAUUGGUCGGAUGGUGACUAUUAGUCCAAGGGAAGGAGAGAGGUAUUAUUUGAGGUUGCUUUUGACGCACAUUGCUGGGCCGACCUCUUUUGAAGACCUUUUGACUGUUAAUGACCAGAGAUUAGCUUCGUUUAGAGAAGCUGCUUUGGUCCUCGGCCUUUUGCAGUCCGAUACGUAUAUAGACGAGACGCUACAGGAAGCAGUGGCAUUCCAGAUGCCGUGCUCAUUGAGGUUAUUGUUUGCCACUCUCCUUGUGUAUUGUUCUCCAACAGAUCCUAGAUCACUUUGGGAAAAAUUUGAACCUGAGCUUUCUGCUGACUAUCAUUACCAGCAGCCAUUCGAUGCCCUUUCUUCUCCUGAAAUUAGAAGAAAAGUUUUGCAAGAUAUUAACACCUUACUAGAACAAAUGGGCAAAAGCAUUGCUGAUUUUCACUUUGUCUCUGAUGAGCUUUCACCUAGGUACACUGAGAGGUUGACAAAGGAGAUUGAAACUGAAAGGAACUUAGUGGUAACACCCGAUGACCUGUUGUUGCCUCAGAUGUUAAAUUCUGACCAAAAACAUGCCUAUGAUCUAAUCAUAAAAGCAUGUUCUUCCUUAGAAGGCCAAGCAUUUUUCGUUGAUGGCCCCGGCGGCACAGGCAAAACGUUUUUGUAUCGGGCACUUCUCGCAACUUUGCGAUCACAGAACCAUGUUGCACUUGCAGUAGCAACGUCUGGAAUUGCAGCAUCGAUCCUUCCUAGCGGAAGGACGGCUCACUCGAGGUUCAAGAUACCACUUGAUUUCUCAAAGACUAAGAAUUGUCACUCUCCCUUUCCUAGCAAAGAAUCCGGCACUAUACAGCUCGCAACUCCAGAGGAGAAUAGUGUUCGUUCAAAGGUUUGUGUUCGCCUUUCUGAAAGGUUUGAUGGAACACAAAGCACUGAAGCAAAUGAGGAUGAAAAUGCAGAGUGCAGCUCUACCAAGAAGCAAAAAACCAACUGA